GAGUAGCAUCAGUCUUAAUCGGAGCAGGAAAUGGAAGGUGAUACAUUUUCCAGCAUGAGUGAUGGGACACAAGUAGAUGCCAAGGUCUUGCAGACAUUUCAAAAAAGCUUACUGCAAGUCCAAGACAUAUUGGACCAAAACAGGGUGCUCAUCAACGAGAUCAAUCGGAACCAUGAGUCAAGAAUCCCAGAUAACUUGAGCAGGAACGUGGGCUUGAUUAGGGAGCUGAAUAACAACGUCCGCAGAGUAGUCGAUCUGUAUACUGAUCUCUCUACCUCAGUGAUGAGAUCGGUGGAAAGUACCUCGGAGGGAGAGUCCAGGUCGAAUGGAAAAUCCAACCCGAAGAGAAUCAGAUCAGGGUAAAACUUGAUCCAAGUCGAGUUUAUACAAGAACCAUCUACUCUUUCAUAACAGGAAUAAGAAAAUCUGAAAAUAGAGGGAAUAGGGGUUCGGUUUAUGAAGGUGUCGAGCAUAGUUUCUAUUACCAUAGCAGCCACAGUUUAGGUCUUAACUUUAUUAAUACUUCUCAUCAUUUAUACUUGAAUAAGAUUUUGAUAGUAAUGCUGUUGUGAUUCACAUGAAUUCGAACUAAAGUUGCGGCAUCUUAAAUGGAUCUGUAUUGAAGCCUUGGCUAUGACCUGUUUCCCGCAGAAAUUUUCUGAUGAAUAUCAGAUGUUGAGUCAGUUGAUCUGCA